CCAUCUUUCUUCUCUGAUUUUGGGCUCAUAGGGUAUCUAGAGGAGCUCACUGAGAAGGAGUUCAAAAAAUUUAAGGAGCAUUUUAAGCAAGUGACUAUGAGACCUGAACUCGAGCAAAUUUCCUGGACCAAAGUGAAAAAAUCAUCCUGGGAAGAACUGGCCAACCUCAUCCAGCAAUAUAAGGCACAGCAAGCAUGGAAUUGGACCUUAAGGAUAUUUCACAGGAUGGACAGGCAAGGUCUCUGUGAUAAGGUCCAGAGAGAAUGCACAGAACACAAAAAGAUCUGUAGAGGGUAUGUUAAGAAUAAAUUCAGCAGCCUUUGCACCAGCAAAUCCAUCACUGACUUUUUUGAAUGUUUUGGUGAGCAUCUCAGAGCAGAAGAACUCAAAUAUUUGUACCUCCUUUUUGCUGCCAAAGAACCUGGGCAGCAGUCACGUACCACCAUCUUGCAAGGAGCACAAGGCAUCGGAAAAUCUACACUUCUGAUAAAGCUGGUCCUGGGCUGGGCAGAGGGCAGCCUCUAUCAGGACAGAUUGCUCUACGUGUUCUACUUCUGCUGCUGAGAACUCAGGCAGUUGAAGGAGACCAGCUUGGCUGAUCUGAUGUCCAGGAACUGGCCUUACCCUUCACCUGCUCCUAUCACAGAGAUCGUGUCCCAGCCAGAGAAACUCUUGUUCAUCAUCGACAGCUUUGAAGAACUGAAAUGUGACUUGAGUGAACCUGAGUCGCUGGGCAGUGACUGGAUGAAGCAGCAGCCGGUCCGGGUGCUGCUGAGUGGUUUGCUGUGGAAGAAGAUGCUCCCAGAGGCCUCACUGCUGGUCGCAGUGACGCCCGUGUGCCCAGCGGAGCUUCAGGCUCGGCUGGUGUGCCCAGAACUCGUAACGCUGUCCGGAUUCAGUGAGGGGGAAAUAGAGACCUAUUUCCACUAUUUAUUCCCAAGCAGGAAUAGAGCUGUGGAGGCUUUCUGUUUUGUAAGAGAGAACGCACAGAGGUAUUCCCUGUGCCAUGUCCCCCUCAUUAGCUGGGUUAUGGGCACCCGUCUGAAGCAAGCGAUGGAGAAAGGCAGAGAUCUGGCCCCCAUCUGCUGACGUCUCACCUCUCUGUAUGCCUCUUUCAUCUUGAACCCGUUCACUGGCAAGGACGCUGGUUGUCCAAGUCUGCAGAGCCAGGUCCAGCUGAGAGGCCUGUGUUCCCUGGCUGUAGAGGGCAUGUGGACCAAUGUGUUUGAGUUUAAUGAUGAGAAUCUCAGGAGAAAUGGGAUAGCGGACUCGGAUGUCCCUGCAUUGCUGGAUACCAACAUUUUCCUGCAACGCACAGAGAGCUCCUACACAUUCGCGCGCUCGAGCAUACAAGAGUUCUGCGACCAUCCCAACCCGGCCGUCAGGUGCAGAGAGACACUACUGGCUGCCCACCUGAAGAAAGUAAAGAAAGCACGUUGGAUUUAUUGGGGAAGUUUCGUAUUUGGCUUUUUAAAUGAAAAGGAACAAGAAAAGAUAGACACGUUUUUUGGCUUCCAACCGUCCAAAGAGAUAAGGCAGCAAUUUCACCAGAUCCUGAAGAACUUAGGAGAAUGCCAAGGUCUUCCCCGGCACACUGAUUUCCUGUCGUUGUUUUACUGUCUUUUUGAAAUGGAGGAUAAGGCCUUCAUGAGGGAGGUAGUGAACGUCCUCCAAGACAUUAAUUCUUCUAUCAAUAAUGACUUGGUGGUUUGUGUCUACUACUUAGAAUACUGCUCUGGCUUGAGGAGACUUUCGUUUUCAGUCCCAAAAGUCAUUGAGGAGAAUGGACAUGGCUGUAGGUCAAGUAGCAAUGUCAUUCAUUGGCAUUGCAUUUUCUCUGUGUUCACGACCAAUGAGCACCUCAAAGAAUUGGAAAUAAUAUCGCCCCACUCCCACCACCAGCCGCACCCCCAGCAGCUGCACCUGCCGGCAAAGGGCCGCAUCACAGAUCCCAAGAAGCUGUUCUCGCUGCUUGGCAGGCAGCUCGGCAGGACAAUGUAUGAGGGCUCCAGUUUCUUCACAUCUUUGCCAGUACUUCUUAUGAUAGCCAUCGUCAUGGAUCUCAGUUUCCAUAUUUAUAAGAGGAGGAAACAACCCAAGUGCCCAUCAACCCAGGAACGGGCUAAUAAACUGGUGUUGAAGGACUGUGGGUUGACCAGUGCCUGCUGCAGGGACCUCUAUUCCGCUCUCACCAACAGUAGGACCCUACGGGUGCUGGACCUGACCCUGAACACCUUGGACCACAGCGGGGUGGCUGUGCUCUGUGAGGCCCUGAAAUACCCAGAGUGUCCUCUGUGGGUUCUUGGACUGCCAAAAACUAGUGUUGAUGAAGAAACCCAGAUACUUCUGACAGCCGUGGAAGAGAGAAAUCCGCACUUGACAAUCACAGGCAUUUGGUGA